AUGUCGUUUAGGAUUUCCCCAACAUCAUCCGUUGAUAAUUUUGACUAUGAAAAUACUGAUUCUGAGGCCAGUUCUACUCAUUCGGUGGCAUCAUUAUUUGAUCCGAUAAAGGAGGCGGCUAUGACUCCAUUCAACCUGUUUGACCAAUUUAUAGAAAUUGAUGGAAGAUACUAUUUCAACGACAAAGAACUCAAAACUUACCUACCUAGCGACAGGCAGGAGCAUGCUAGGACACGCGUACAAUUAUAUGUAUACAAAUUGCUAUGGGGGGGCCAUUUCUCUUCCCCUAUUACAGAAGAGCUAGCGCUCGGAAUCAAUGUUCUUGACGUUGGUUGUGGUGGAGGAUCAUGGAUUUCAGCUAUGGCUACGAACUUUCCCUUAUCAAGUUUUGUCGGAAUAGAUAUUUCUCCUUUAUUCCCUGAAGACAAUCCACCCAAUUCGGCAUUUAUUAAAUGUGAUGUCCACGACGGUCUACCAUUUCCCAGUAAUUCGUUCGAUUUUAUUUUUCAAGGAUUUCUCGUAGUUUCUAUCGAUUGGCAAUCAUGGAGCGAGAAGGUGAUAAAAGAAUUAAUAAGAGUGACCAAGCCUGGAGGGUACAUCGAAAUCAUGGACAUGGAUGCUGAAGCAAUGAAUCCAGGAGAAAUUGGCCGCAAAUAUAAUCAUAUUAUGUCAACGAAGUUUGCUGAUGCUGGAAUUAAUACCAUGUCUAGCAGUGGUGUGGUGAAAGCGUUUGGUGAACAUAAACGUGAAGUCACCGUUGAAGCGGUUCGCAAGAAGAAAUAUUAUCUUGGAAAACAUGGAGGAAAAUUGGGUGAAAUGGCACUAGCAUGUUACAUACAAGCACUUGAAUCAAUGGGUGCUUUUAUUGGGCCUCUUUUUGAUGUUACUGAAGACGGUUAUAAGCAACUGUUAACGGAUUACUACGAUGAACUUAAUAAUUGUAAUUCAUUCAUGACAUGUUAUCGUAUCAUUGUAAAAAAGAAAUGA